UGUGAACAAAUCCAAAUAUUCCUGUUUGCUCAUGAUGCGCGCCUAUAUCCACGGCAUACAGUACGCUGACUGCAAUAGAGUUCGCAUUUGCGACCCAGUCCUAGGAGACUUUAUUUGGUAUUGGGCCUGCUGUAGGUGCCGCCAUCUGACAAGCUUCUCGCAUGCUCAGCGAUGAUGGAGUCUGCCGCAUAUCAGAACGAGGCUGCCGCCCUCGAGCAAUUGAAUACCGCUGAUCGAGCUUAUUUAACUGCAAUGGCUGAGGCUGUCACACAAGAGCAAAACGACUACACAACGCAAGCAUCCACCAGUCCUACAGGUAGACGCAAGCGGGGAGCCCCUGAUUCAUCACCAGUUGAGUCAAGGCGGACAAAGCGUAAUACCUCAACGGUAGCCAUGUCGAGUCACCCUGAUGCCGAUGCCGCGGCUUCCUAUGUCGAGAGUGCUGUUGAAGCGGCUCAGGCCGCAGCUGCUGCCAGCGUUAAUGCUGCAGACUUCACUGCAUUGCAGCAAGCAACAGCAGACCAUCACGAGUCCGCUGAUCCGGCUAAUGCCUCGAGUACCGCGGCUGCAGCAUUAGGUUCUAUGUAUCCCACAAUCCACAUACCCCCCACGACUGAGGAGCAGUUCGCUGCACAGUCCACCGUUGAGAACGAGCAUCAACCAUUUGGGACGAACGACAUGGUAUCAACAGACGGGCUGCAUGACCCGGCAAAUCAAGGACCUCUUCACGCACCGCAUGCUCCCGGCCAAAAUGGUAUCAGACCCAAUUCCGCAGUGUUUCAAUCACCACAACCACAGGGUCCCAGACCAGCUGUUGGAUCUGAAGAGUGGCACAAGUUACGUAAAGAUAACCAUAAAGAAGUUGAACGUCGGCGAAGAGAGACGAUCAACGAGGGCAUUAACGAGCUAGCCAAGAUCGUGCCGGGAUGCGAGAAGAAUAAGGGCUCUAUUCUACAAAGGGCCGUCUCUUAUAUCAGCCAGCUGAAGGAAAAUGAGGCUCAGAAUAUUGAGAAGUGGACGCUAGAGAAGCUUCUGACAGAGCAGGCCAUCUCAGAACUAAGCUCUUCGAAUGACAAGCUCAAGCAAGAGUGCGAAAGGGCGUAUCGAGAGAUGGCUGCCUGGAAGUCCCUUGCCAGCAGUCAUGGGCUUCAAGUUACUCAGUCGAAGGAUGAGCCGGGUACUUCAUCGUGAUAACGUUCUGAUUGCCUGAUGCUUACCUUCCUCCUUGUUCGGCCUUACUCUUUUUUGUCUCGCAGUUCUACACGUGCUAUUUUAUUCUCUUUGGGGCAUGGAACCGGUUGCAGACCAGACUACAUAUACGGUAGAAACUUUGGAUUGGGAACACAGAGCUUCCCCGAUGAUUUUGGCGUUAUGGCACUAGGAGUCUAGUAGGGA